CUGAAGGAUCCCUUACCUCCUUUCCAGAAGGACAGGCAGGGGUCUCUGAGUGCUAUGGCUGAGCAGGGAAGGAGGGGUUGGAAUGGUGAACAAACCCCAUGGACUUACAUACUGGACCUCAGUCUUGGCUUUGACUCCCAGGUCGGCUGGAUCCAGAGCUCAUUUGCCCAUCACUUUGCCAGACCUCAGUGCUCCAGGGGAGGGAGGCAGCAAGGGUGUGCUGUGAGGUCUGGCUCGGUGGUGAGCAGGAUACUAGCAGAGCUAUAGCAGAGGGACUAAGGACAGAGGCGAAGAAGGACUCCUGGGCUCACAGAGGGUCAUCAGGCCUUGAGGAAUUACAAGCUCUGCUUCUUUGGAAAAAAGGGGUCUUUGCAAACGCCAGGAUCUUCUGUGUGGCUUCAGUGCCGUUGAUUCUGGAGGAAGAAGCUGGAAUCUGGGCCCGUUGACCCCUCUGGGCUCUUCCUGGUGGGCAGUUUUGCUGGAGGUCAAUGGGCAAAUUGCUUAAAUGGAGAGACCCCUGGGAAGGGCAGAAGGGGCUCUCCUGGGACCCUGCUCUGAGCGGUGCUCGUGUCUGGGCUUGUCCUCAUGUGCCGGGGGUAGACACCCCACACAGUCGGGCCUUUCUCUUUCUUCCCCACUCUCUUCUGACAAUUUGCCCCUAUGCUGGCCUCCAUCCUUGCUCGCCCUGAUCCACAGAGGAACAGGGAGUGGUUUUGGCGGUUGGCACAGGGGGAGCUGUUGAUGGCAUGAGGCCCUAUCAUCUGACAGCUGCCUGACCCGCCAUGGGGAGGGCCCCAGAGGGAGGUGCUCAGGCUGCGGGAGGCAGCUCCUGCAGGCGGCCGCCCUUGUGUGGUGAGCCCGUGGCCGCGGCCACAUUGCCCUGGGGCAGCCCUUCAUGGCCAGCCCUGCAAGGCGGAGGCGUCCCUGGGGCUGUACGACCUGUCCAGGAGGAGCGGGAGCAUGCCUCUUAAAUUAGUGGGAAAGGCUCUGUUCAAGGGCUCCAGCAGAGUCACCCCGAGUGUCCAGCCCCACCCCCAGCCCAUCAGAAACAUGAGUCUGAGCCGGACCACGGAGGACAGCUGUGAGCUGGACCUGGUGUAUGUCACAGAGAGGAUCAUCGCCGUCUCCUUCCCCAGCACAGCCAAUGAGGAGAACUUUCGGAGCAACCUCCGAGAGGUGGCCCAGAUGCUCAAGUCCAAACAUGGAGGCAGCUACCUGCUUUUCAACCUCUCUGAGCGGAGGCCUGACAUCGCAAAGCUCCACGCCAAGGUCCUGGAAUUUGGCUGGCCUGACCUCCACACUCCAGCCCUAGAGAAGAUCUGCAGCGUCUGCAAGGCCAUGGACACUUGGCUCAAUGCAGACCCUCACAAUGUCGUCGUUCUGCACAAUAAGGGAAACCGAGGCAGGAUAGGUGUUGUCAUCGCGGCUUACAUGCACUACAGCAACAUUUCUGCCAGCGCCGAUCAGGCCCUGGACCGGUUUGCAAUGAAGCGAUUCUAUGAGGAUAAGAUUGUGCCCAUUGGUCAGCCAUCCCAGAGAAGGUACGUGCACUAUUUCAGUGGCCUGCUCUCUGGCUCCAUCAAAAUGAACAACAAGCCCUUGUUUCUGCACCACGUGAUCAUGCAUGGCAUCCCCAACUUCGAGUCUAAAGGAGGGUGUCGGCCAUUUCUCCGGAUCUACCAGGCCAUGCAGCCUGUCUACACAUCUGGCAUCUACAAUGUCCAAGGAGACAGCCAGACCAGCAUCUGCAUCACCAUCGAGCCUGGCCUGCUCUUGAAGGGAGAUAUCUUGCUGAAGUGCUACCACAAGAAGUUUCGGAGCCCAGCCCGAGAUGUCAUCUUCCGUGUGCAGUUCCACACCUGUGCCAUCCAUGACCUCGGGGUUGUUUUUGGGAAGGAAGACCUUGAUGAUGCCUUCAAAGAUGAUCGAUUUCCAGAAUAUGGCAAAGUGGAAUUUGUAUUUUCUUAUGGACCAGAGAAAAUUCAAGGCAUGGAACACCUGGAGAACGGGCCGAGUGUGUCCGUGGACUAUAACACCUCUGACCCCCUCAUCCGCUGGGAUUCCUAUGACAACUUCAAUGGGCAUCGAGAGGAUGGCAUGGAGGAGGUGGUGGGACACACUCAGGGGCCUCUGGACGGGAGCCUGUAUGCCAAGGUGAAGAAGAAGGACUCCCUGCACGGCAGCACCGGAGCCGUCAAUGCCACGCGUCCUGUCCUGUCGGCCACCCCCAACCACGUAGAGCACACCCUCUCCGUGAGCAGUGACUCCGGCAACUCCACAGCCUCCACCAAGACAGACAAGACCGAUGAGCCUGCUCCUGGCCCCUCCAGUGCCCCUGCUGCCCUGAGUCCUGAGGAGAAGCGGGAGCUGGACCGUCUGCUCAGUGGCUUCGGCGUAGAGAGAGAGAAGCAAGGUGCCAUGUACCAUAGCCAGCAUCUCCGGUCCCGCCCAGCGGGGGGCCCUGCCGUGCCCUCCCCUGGCCGCCAUGUCGUCCCGGCCCAGGUUCAUGUCAACGGUGGGGCCUUGGCAUCUGAGCGGGAGACGGACAUCCUGGAUGACGAGUUGCCCAACCAGGAUGGGCACAGCGUGGGCAGCAUGGGCACACUGUCCUCCCUGGAUGGGGUCACCAACACCAGUGAGGGGGGCUACCCAGAGGCCCUGUCCUCACUGACCAACGGUCUGGACAAGCCCUAUCCCGCGGAACCUAUGGUCAACGGUGGGGGCUACGCCUAUGAGUCCGCCAGCCGGUCGGUGCCUGCCCACGCUGGCCACACGGCCCCCAUGCGACCCUCCUACUCCGCACAGGAGGGUUUAGCCGGCUACCAGCGGGAGGGGCCCCACCCAGCCUGGCCUCAGCCAAUGACCACCUCCCACUAUGGCCAUGACCCCAGCGGUAUGUUCCGCUCUCAGUCCUUUCCAGAAACCGAGCCCCAGUUGCCCCCAGCUCCGGCCCGUGGGGGCAGCAGCCGGGAGGCUGUGCAGAGGGGCCUGAAUUCCUGGCAGCAGCAGCAGCAGCAGCAACAGCAGCAGCAGCAGCCUCGUCCCCCUCCUCGCCAGCAGGAUAGAGCCUACUUGGAGAGUCUCGGGCCCAGCAGGCCCAGCCCCCAGCCGCUGGCAGAGACCCCCAUCCCCGGCCUCCCUGAGUUUCCAAGAGCAGCCUCCCAGCAGGAGAUCGAGCAGUCCAUCGAAACACUCAACAUGCUCAUGCUGGAUUUGGAACCGACGGCCGCCGCCCCGCUGCACAAGUCCCAGAGUGUCCCAGGGGCCUGGCCAGGGGCUUCCCCGCUGUCCUCCCAGCCUCUCUCCGGCUCCUCCUGUCAGCCCCAUCCACUGACCCAGUCCAGAUCUGGCUACAUCCCCAGUGGGCAUUCCUUGGGAGCCCCUGAGCCGGCCCCACGGGCUUCCCUGGAGUCCUUCCCCCCUGGCAGGGCUUACUCACCUUACGAUUAUCAGCCGUGUCCAGGUGGGCCCAACCAGAGUUUCCGUCCAAAGAGCCCAGCCUCCUCCUCCUCGUCUGCCUUCCUUCCAACUACCCAUAGCCCUCCAGGGCCUCAGCAGCCCCCAGCCUCUCUCCCUGGCCUCACUGCUCAGCCUCAGCUCCCACCAAAGGAGGUGACUUCAGACCCCUCCCACACUCCAGAAGAGGAGCCACUGAACCUGGAGGGGCUGGUGGCCCACCGGGUAGCAGCAUACAACGCCAAGCUGCAGAGCAUCGGGCACACGAGCUUCCAGCUGCCUCCUCUCCACCGGCUCCGAUCUUCCUCCCUCUCUGGUGGCCUCCCGGAUACCCUGGCUUUCGGAGCCCCAGGCAUGCCGUCGGACACCCAGCCCCGUCACCUGGAGCUGAGGAAUCCAGUCUUUUGGAAAUCGGAAGGCUGGAAAGAAGAGCUGGGGGUGCAGGCUCGGGAGAAGCAGCCUGCAGAACCCCCAGCCCCUCUCCGGAGGCGGGCAGCCAGCGAUGGACAGUAUGAGAACCAGUCUCCAGAACCCGCGUCUCCCCGUAGCCCUGGGGUCCGUUCCCCUGUCCAGUGCGUCUCCCCCGAGCUGGCUCUCACCAUCGCCCUCAAUCCUGGAGGGCGGCCCAAAGAGCCCCAUCUGCACAGCUACAAGGAAGCCUUUGAGGAGAUGGAGGGAGCCUCCCCGACCAGCCCACCACCCGGCGGGGUGCGCUCCCCUCCAGGUCUGGCCAAGACACCCCUGUCGGCUCUUGGCCUGAAACCCCACAACCCAGCGGACAUCCUGUUGCACCCUACCGGUGAGGAGGAUGAGGGGAAGGUGGUGACAGAGCUUCCCAAAGAGCCCCGGAGCUACGUGGAGUCGGUGGUGAGGACGGCAGUGGCUGGGCCCCGAACUCAGGACCCGGAGCCCAAGAGCUUUAGCGCCCCACCUGUCCAGGCCUAUAGCCACGAGAUGCCCCUGAGGAACGGGACCCUGGGAAGCUCCUUUGUCUCCCCAAGCCCCCUCUCCACCAGCAGCCCCAUCCUCAGUGCUGACAGCACUUCAGUGGGGAGUUUCCCCUCAGGGGAAAGCAGCGACCAGGGUCCCCGGACACCUACCCAGCCUUUGCUGGGUUCCGGCUUCCGUUCCGGCAGCCUGGGACAGCCUAGCCCUUCGGCCCAGAGAAGCUCCCAGAGCUCUUCUCCUCUCCCGACCGUGGGCAGCAGCUACAGCAGCCCCGACUACUCACUACAGCAGUUCAGCUCCCCAGAAAGCCAGGCGCGGGCUCAGUUCACCGUGGCCGGUGUCCACACGGUGCCUGGGAGCCCUCAGGCGCGCCACAGGACAGUGGGCACCAACACUCCCCCCAGUCCUGGCUUCGGCCGCCGGGCCAUCAACCCCAGCAUGGCUGCCCCCAGUAGCCCCAGUUUGAGCCACCGCCAGGUGAUGGGUCCAGCGGGAACUGGUUACCAUGGUAGUGCAGUCUCCAGCCCCCAGAGCAGUACAGCGACCACCCCAGGAAGCCCCAGCCUGGGCCGGCACCCUGGGGCCCACCAAGGCAACCUGGCCUCCGGCCUCCACGGCAAUGCAGUAGCCAGCCCUGGAAGCCCCAGCCCGGGCCGGCACCUGGGAGGGCCUGGAUCCGUGAUUCCCGGCAGCCCCAGCUUGGACCGGCACAUGGCCUAUGGCGGCUAUUCCACCCCCGAGGACCGGAGACCCACGCUGUCCCGGCAGAGCAGUGCCUCUGGUUACCAGGCUCCCUCUACGCCCUCCUUCCCUGUGUCCCCUGCCUACUACCCGGGCCUCAGCAGCCCCGUCACCUCCCCGUCGCCGGAUCCGGCAGCCUUCCGGCAAGGGAGCCCGACGCCAGCCCUGCCCGAGAAGCGGAGGAUGUCCGUGGGAGACCGAGCAGGCAGCCUCCCCAACUAUGCCACUGUCAACGGGAAGGUGUCCUCCUCGCCCGUGGCCAGCGGCAUGUCCAGCCCCAGCGGGGGCAGCACCGUCUCCUUCUCCCACACUUUGCCCGACUUCUCCAAGUACUCCAUGCCAGACAACAGCCCCGAGACACGGGCUAAAGUGAAGUUCGUCCAGGACACUUCCAAGUAUUGGUACAAGCCUGAGAUCUCCAGAGAGCAGGCCAUCGCUCUCCUUAAGGACCAGGAGCCAGGGGCCUUCAUCAUCCGCGACAGCCACUCCUUCCGAGGGGCCUACGGGCUGGCCAUGAAGGUGUCAUCUCCUCCUCCGACCGUCGUGCAGCAGAAUAAAAAAGGGGACAUGACCCACGAGCUGGUGAGACAUUUCCUGAUAGAGACUGGCCCCAGAGGAGUCAAGCUCAAGGGAUGCCCCAAUGAGCCAAACUUCGGGUCUCUCUCUGCCCUGGUCUACCAGCAUUCCAUCAUCCCACUGGCUCUGCCCUGUAAGCUGGUCAUUCCAAACCGAGACCCCACAGAUGAAUCAAAAGAUAGCUCAGGCCCUGCCAACUCAACCACUGACCUGCUGAAGCAAGGGGCAGCCUGCAACGUGCUCUUCGUCAACUCUGUGGACAUGGAAUCACUCACUGGGCCACAGGCCAUCUCCAAAGCCACUUCUGAGACUCUGGCUGCUGACCCCACACCAGCUGCCACCAUCGUUCACUUCAAAGUUUCUGCCCAGGGAAUCACACUGACUGACAACCAGAGAAAGCUCUUCUUCAGACGACACUACCCCCUCAACACUGUCACCUUCUGUGACCUGGAUCCACAGGAGAGAAAGUGGAUGAAGACAGAAGGAGGUGCCCCUGCUAAGCUCUUCGGCUUCGUGGCCCGGAAGCAGGGCAGCACCACCGACAAUGCCUGCCACCUCUUCGCUGAGCUUGACCCCAACCAGCCCGCCUCCGCCAUCGUCAACUUUGUCUCCAAGGUCAUGCUGAGUGCCGGCCAGAAGAGAUGAACGCCACCCCUCGCCCGGGGCCAUGGCAGUGGGGACGGGGCAUGUGGGGCGGGGACUCAUGAAUCCUGACCACCCUUGAAUCCAGAAGGAGGACUUUGGGCCAAUUUUGGAGAAGGAGAGAAGAAAGUGCAACGUGGGGAGGGGGAAGUGAAUUGCAGAGGGGAAGCGGGGGAGAGAGAGAGAGCUAGAGAAAGAAAAAGAUGGGGGAGGAUAACUUGGAUUCCCCUGGGUGGAUGGAUACCGCAGAGCCCCCAAAGCCUCCACCGCUAACCAGGUCCACCUGAUCCCCCUCCCCCUUCCAAGAGGCCGGGGCUCCUCAGAGGAGACAGACCAACUCCUUGAGGAUCUAUAUUUUGGGAGUAAAUGGAAAAGCUGUCUCCCUAACCCGACCGCUUUGCAAGGAGAAAUCAAAUUGAGAGAAUCCUUUUCUGGCCACCUCUGGGGUAGAUUGGCAAACCAAAAAGAGCCAGCAUGGGCACCAAGUGGCAGAACUUUUGCCUGUGAGAGUACCAUAGACCUGAGGUUCCUGAGGUCUCUGGACUCUGCCUCCGAUGUACAGUCUGUGUGGGUGUCUGUAUGGGGUAUAUACUGUGUCCACACCCACAUCUUCACGUAUUGAUUUCCAUGUGCCUCUCAGCCAGAGUUAUAAAUACAUAGACUUGUGCGUGCCCCGUGUAUUUGCACACGCAUGUGCAUACUGUCCAAAGAAGGUGAGAGUUGGGUGUGACAGGGCAGCAGGAGUACCCAAGAUCACGGGGUCGCAGACUCUCUCUCGGUCCCCACGCUUGCUCUCUAGCGGCCCUGGGUGCUGCCAGCACCUUCCCAGCAAAGACCCCCGCAGGAGUGGGGCUGGCCGCCCUGCAACCUUAGCCCUGAUCUGCCCCCACAGGGAGGCUGGACGCUUGGUUCGGGAGGUGCAGACGUGCGUGUGCAUAGUCUUGGGGAGGAGAUCCCUCAAGGGGGUUGCUGGUUGAGCUCUGGGGGUCUUCUCGGAGGCGUGUGGCCCAGCAGCAGGUAUGGGCAGGUGGCUCUGGCCAGCUCUGAGCCCUCAGCCCAUUCUUGCGUUUUGUGCCCCAGACCAGCCUUUCUUCAGAUUUGCUUAUCUGUUUGAUGCCUUUUUGGGUGUCGGGGAUCAAGCCUUCCUGCCCUGGUUUCUCCUUCAGGGUCUCUAUGUUGGAGCUCGUCCUGGGGAACCUGCUCCGUGAGGCCCCGGGGGAGACACCUGAUGGCCUUUCGUCCCCCCCUCUGCAGGUGAUUCUGGGUCUGAUUUUUACUGGGCUGCCCGGGCUGUCCUUGGCAGAGCUCCUGGGGCCGCUUCCUGUGCAUCUACAUGGCCUACCUACAAUGCCAAAGCCUCGCUGUUCCCCCUCCUGCCAUGGUUUCCCCAGCAGAGCCAAGCUGCCCGUGGAGCAGAGGGGCAAGGGAAUGCAUUUAGGUCAGAGGGCUGAGAGUCCAUCUGGGCAAUUGGGAACCCCCCAGACCACCACCCAAGCACUCUAAGCCAGAGUAGAAAAUUCACCAGGAUUCCAUUAUUGAAUGGCUUCUUAAGCCUAUGGGGUUCCCUAGAGAGAGGCAUUGUACUGAUAUAUAAAUAUAUAUAAUAUAUAUGUGAGACAUACUGACAGAAUCUGUAAGCUAAUAAAAUAUAAGAAAAGGUUAAAAAAAAGAAUAGGUAAAUUGACAAGAAGUAUUUAUUGUUUUCCCAUAUUGCUUUAUUGCCUUCCUGGGCAUAAACCAAUUCCCGUCCCUUUUUUAUGUAUAAGUGAGGUCUGAACUGUAGGGGGCCUUUAUCCUUGGAGCCAUUAGGGGUCUCCUGGCCCUACUGUUGGCCUUCCCUAGACUCCGUCUGGGGCUCAGUGAGAAGGGGGUGCACACGUCCAUUCCCUUCACCCCCUUGCUUUCUGGCAAGCCCGGGGCACAGCAGUCAGCUCCCAGAGAUGAGGGGAGCUGCCCCCCUCACUGUGGGCCUGAACAAGUGGAUGAGCCUGCGGGGGGACAAGGGUGUGUGUGACAGAUGUGGGUGACAGGUGUGUCUUUUGCAUUUUUUCUCCUCCAAGAAGCUGUAUCUGUGUGGACGUUCUGUUUCAGGGAGUUGGAGAGUGUCUGAAGGUAGGGAGCAGGCCCUCGCUUCCUAAAGAUUACAACCUUGCACUUGGUGGCCGAGGUUCCUCCAAAGUGCUCUUCCUUCUGAGGCAUUCAAGCCAGAUGCCCAGAUCUCCCCGCUCCUCAUUCCCUACAUACCCUGACUCUCUUCCCAGAUAGGAGAUAUCCCUUGCCCACUUCCUUUGUAAAUAUCUCAAUCUCCUGCUGGACCUGGCCCCGGGACUCUCCCCUCCUGGCCUGGAUGUCCUGUCUCCGCUUGAGGCCAGGUCGAGUGGUAGACCCUUCGGCAGCCAGCCCCGGGCCGUCACACGUGCGUUCCCACUGCCCACCAGCAGCUCCCACCUCCCAGGCAUGGCCAGCCCGCCCCGCUCAGGCCUGAGCCUAGUGUGACCCUGGGAAGGACUGGGCAUCCUGGGAAGCUGAUCAGCUCACUCCCUCGCGUCCCUCUGGAAGGAGUGGGUUUCCAGAAGAAUGAUAGGGAAGGGUACCCCCGUCUCCAGGUGGCCCUACCUUUGGGUCAGACACUGGUUGGGAGCACACCGUGGCUCUUCCAUGUCUCACAGGUUAGGUCUCUGUACCCAUGCGUGCACGCGCGCACACACGCGCGCACACACACACACACACACACCCACAGCGCUGCGGUAUAUUCUUGCCAAAGAUUUCCUUUAAGAGAAAGCACUUUUAAUAAUUAUUGUUAUUAUUGUGUGAAUGUCUAUCCUUUCCUCUCCUCCUUCCCCCUCAACCUUUUUUGCUGUUAUUGUUGAAUCUGUGUGUCAGCCAGGAGAAUGCUGUCUGGUCUUGAAACAGGCUGGCAGGGCAAGGGUCUGGGGGAAGUUGGCAAGGAAGAACGGGAGAGGCGGCGAAACAGUGACACAGACGCCAGGCAGGCUCAGGCCUCGGCCCCCCGCUCCAGCCAGGCGUCUGAAGCCGGCCUGGGGCCUGGGGCUGGCCUGCACAGUGUCUGGAGGGAAGAGGGCAGGGAGUUGACAUCUGUCCGAUUCAGGGAGAGGUCCAGGUGGCUCCCCACCCGUGGAACAGGAGGACAGGGCAGGGCAUGGGAACAAUGGAGAGGUGACCCCAGAGGGGAAACAGGAAGGAAGUGAGCUGUCUGGUCAACCUCCAGGGGUGACUGCAAUGCUCCCGCCCUGCAGUCUUGGCACCCUGGUCCCCUUAUCUAGCCAGGUGUUUGGGGGCCAAUACACUGUGUCCUAGGCUAGGGAAGGGCCUUUUGACCCCUAUCUUUGUCGGAGUCUCUCCCUAGCAACUCUAAAAAUGUGUGGAUUCCUUCUCCUGUGGGUUUCGAGGACUCCCUGGGUGUGUCAGAGGCUGGCAGGAUAAGGGUGGCGGGGCCUGGUGGCCGUGUGACCUGUAGGAGGCAGCAGCCAGCUGGACAAGCGUGAUCCUUAUAAAGGGCACUCAGGAGGGGGGGUACUCUGAUGCGCCACAGCCGAGGUCAGGGAGGCUCCCCUGCCAUCCAGGGGGUGUGGAGGUGUCUGUAAGCAGAACAGGGAUAGGCCCGGGGCAUUUGCUCACCGUCCCUGCCUCCUGGCUCUCCCCCGCUUCUUCGGACUGUCUCAACUUCAGGAUUGGGGGAGGUCAAGUGGGUCCAUGCCCCAUCCAAGGGCUGCCUCCCGCCCCUACGUCUCCCCACACUUGGGUUCCUUGGAGAGGUUGGGGGCAGAGUCCCAGAGCCACUCUUCACCCAGGCCCAGGCCCCAGGGUCCCGAGACUGGAGCUCCUGGCUGGUGUUACACGGGGCGGAUGCAUACACGUGUGUGUGCAAGUGUGGGUGUAUAUGUGUACAUAUUUUGCUGGUCUCUAGGGAACACGGGGUUAGGGUCAAAGGCAGCGAAUGAGCGAUGGGAUGUCAAGGUCAGUAUCACCCAGCAGUGAAAGGAAUCAGGAGGGCCCCGAUCGCUAGAUUGUCAGUAUUGUUGGUGAGGACUGGCUACACGGGGUGCUCCCUCCCGACUCCUCUGUCCUCAGACGCCCAGCAUGUUUGAGGACUUCGUUUAUUUCCCACACCAGGGCUCUUCUCAGCAGCGAGGUAAUUGCAGAGAAAUGUCCCCAGUUUGUUUUCUAAUCAGUGUUAAACAGUUUGAGACUCUCCUCUGUGUCCAUGUUCGGUUUGUGCGUGAGACUGAGCACAUGUGUGUGUGCACGCCAUGUUUCCCCAUUUUCUCUCUUCCCUCCGACACGCCAUUCAAAACAAAUGUAAGAAAUUCCUUGCCACCCCCUCCCCGCCUCCCAGGCCCUCUGCAGGAGAAACAAUAACUUGGCAUCCUCCCCGUCCCCUGGCUGUGUAUUUAUAUAGAUGGAAAUAUCCUUUCUAUUUUGUAUCAUCGUGCCUAUAACCUCCACCACCUUGUAUAAACCCUGACCUGUGCUCCUUGCCCUGGAUAUGAAUGUAUUUUACACCAAUGCUGGCCCGCUCCUGUACAGCUGCUUUGUUUCUUGGCGACCCAUUGUAUGGCUUUAUAAAUGGUAAAGCGAAAGAAAAA